AUCCUUAGCUGGCUCAAACGUUUCUGCGUGUUAUGUUCUGAGUUCCUCUGCUGGGUGCUGUGAGGGAGUUCAGACAAGCUCGAAACUCCAGACAUGGGUAUAGUGACCUAUGAUGAUGUGCAUGUCAACUUCACUCAGGAAGAGUGGGCUUUGCUGGAUCCUUCUCAGAAGAGUCUCUACAAAGAUGUGAUGCUGGAGACCUAUAGGAAUCUUGCUGCUAUAGGCUACAUUUGGGAAGAUCUUAAUAUUGAAGAACAUUUUCAAAGUUCUAGAAGAUAUGGAAGGUAA